AUGGUUCGUUCAUUCAUGGAGAUGGACAGCAUUCAGCCUAACCAGGCUCUCCUGGACGCCAGCGAUCCCACAGAGCGUCAUUUUGCUGCUACACACAAGCGCUCAACGGACGGGGUGUACGUCGUCGAGUAUCCCUUCAAGGAGAAGGCACCGCCUAUUGAUUCGACCUUGCCACAGGCCAUCUAUCGCUUCCUCUCUCUGGAACGCAAAUUUCGUCGGUAUCCAGAAUUGAAGCAGCAGUACGAAGCCUUCCUGGACGACUACUUGCAACGUGGACAUAUGGAACAACUGACCUCUGCUCAGGUUGAGGAGUCCCCAGACACCUGCUUCUAUUUGCCGCACCACGCUGUCAUCAAACUGGACAGUCUGACUACCAAAUGUCGUGUAGUUUUUGAUGGAUCAGGAAAGGACAGCUCUGGAGAAACGCUCAAUGACAGACUAAAUAUUGGUCCACCGAUUCAACGCGAUCUUCUUGGCGUUUGUCUACGCUUCCGGCAGCACCAAUAUGUUUUAUGCGCAGAUGUUGAAAAGAUGUUUCGAGGCAUUAGAAUCUUUAAGCCACACACCAAUUUUCAGCGCAUUGUUUGGCGCAAGACUGAGAAUGAACCUCUGCUUCAUUUUCGCCUGCUGACGGUUACCUACGGAUUGGCACCGUCACCAUUUCUGGCUGUUCGAGUUCUAAAGCAACUUGCCGACGAUCAUGGCCAUGAAUACCCUGCAGCAGCUCACGCUCUUCUGCACGAUGCCUAUGUGGACGAUAUCCCUACAGGCGCCAACACACUCGAGGAGCUUAUGAUUCUCAAGGACGAGCUUAUAGCCCUCUUGGAUAAGGGAAAAUUCAAGCUACGCAAAUGGAGUUCUAAUAAUUGGCGUCUUCUGAAAUCAUUACCAGAGGAAGAUAGAUGUUUUGAACCUAUCCAGCUCCUCAACAAAUCAGCUGCGGAUUCACCUGUCAAAGUUCUUGGUAUCCAAUGGAACCCUGGGAAGGACGUUCUGUAG